AACUCAAAACGAACUCAAACUACAACCGCCCACCCUUUCACCCUUUUCCCUUCAUCAUUCAAUUUCACAAUUACAUCUAAUCUAAAUACAUAAAAACAAAAAAAAAACACCUUCUAUUUAAACCCUUCCCAACUGACCCCACGAUCUACCGCCACGUGUUUAUCAACUUUAAUCACAGCCGUUCAUGCCAGAUUGUCUCGGGUAGCUUCUCAGACAGCAAACAAAUUUUCUCCUGCCGUUAGAUUAGGAGAUGGGAGAUGAUCAACGGUUUGGAACCUGCCCGAAGUUUACCCGGGCAGAUCUCAUCGCCUUUAAGAAGCGAUGCCCUCCCCCUUUCAUUCCUCGCUCAAUACCUUCAAACCCUUGCCUUCAUUUCAAUUUUUUUUCUCCUUUUUUUGUUAAUAAUAAUAAUCAAAGCCAGAAGGCGGUGGCCGGAGAAUUUUUGUUGGAUUCCGGCAGGCGCGUGGACGUAACCUCCCUUUCAAUUUCAUGGUUUUAACACCACCUGAUAACGAUCAAUUCCACCAGAAAAACGCCGGAAUUAAGCAUCGCCGGUGUAGUUCAUGGCAUCCGCCGUCUUAGCUAGCCAGAAUGAAUCUAGCUGGGCUCAGUCUGGUGGUGCCGGUGGUGGUGGAUUCAUGGGGAAAACCCCUUUUUCACAACUGAACCCUAAUCAUAACCCUAACCCUAAGAAAAAGCAGAAGCAAUUCCAUCAAACAUCUAAUGGUCGUCACAUGGAUGAUUCGCCUGCCGUGACGCAAACGGCGUCCGAUGAUGCCUACUCGUUCAAUCAACGGCCGAUUGAAUCGACGACCAACGUUGACGGCCUCAAUCUCGGAGGGUAUAUGACCUACAGCGUCGUAUCUUACAACAAAAGCGAGCUCCAUGAGCUACGGAGUCGGUUGGUGGCGGAGCUCGAACAGAUCCGAAACCUUAAGGAUCGAAUCGAAUCCGGUCAAUUCAGCACCACCAACCCCAGAUCUCAAGGGAAGUCGAAGAAACUAUCUGGAAAUAAACGGCCCACCCCUUCCGGAUCCGCUAAAGAUCCGAAAAACCUCCCAAACGGAGUUGAUAAUAGGAAUUUUGGUAAUCCUGGUGGUGGUGGUGGUGGUCUUAAGGCUAUCGCAAUGGAAGGUAUGAUGAAGGAUUGCAAGCAGAUUUUGGGAAAGCUGAUGAAGCAUAAAAAUGGGUGGAUUUUCAAUACCCCUGUUGAUGCUGAAGCCUUGGGUCUUCAUGAUUACCACCAGAUUAUUAAGCGACCCAUGGAUUUGGGGACGGUCAAAUUGAAUUUGUCUAAGAAUUCUUACGCUACCCCAUUUGAAUUUGCAGCUGAUGUAAGGCUUACUUUCAAUAAUGCCUUGUUGUAUAACCCUAAAACAGAUAAAGUUCAUGGCUUUGCUGAGCAGCUUCUUGGACGAUUUGAGGACUUGUUUAGACCGCUUCAGGAUAAAUUGAUUAAGCUUGAAGGCGGCAGGAGGGAUUUUCAACCUGUGGAUGAGUUGCAGGGGAGUUCUUGGAAUCACAUUCCUACGCCCGAGAGAGUGAAGAAACCCAAGGCUACCCAGGCCCCUCAUAUUUCAAAGAAGCAAGAGCGGAUGCAAAAUCAUUCUAGUGCGUCAACGCCCUCUGUACCACUGCCUCCACCCAAUCCACCAGCUCGGCAGCAGUCCCCAUUGUCAACUCCUUCCCCAGUGAGGGCACCACCGGCAAAGCCGCAAUCAACUGCCAAAGCUACUACGGCUAAACAACCUAAGCCAAGGGCGAAGGAUCCAAAUAAAAGAGAGAUGAGUAUGGAGGAGAAGCAUAAAUUAGGUGUUGGAUUGCAAAGUUUACCGCAAGAGAAGAUGCCGCAGUUGGUGCAGAUUAUAAGGAAGAGGAAUGAACAUUUAGCCCAAGACGGUGAUGAGAUUGAGCUCGACAUUGAGGCCCUUGACACUGAGACUCUAUGGGAGCUUGAUCGUUUUGUUACCAAUUGGAAGAAGAUGGUAAGCAAAACCAAGAGGCAGGCAUUGAUGAACAAUUUGGGGGCACCAUCCGCCAGUGCUGCAGCUUCUGCUGCUACUACAUCCGUUGCGGAGGCAGAUGGGCCUACUACAAGCGAGAAGAAUGACUCCUUCAGAAAGCCCAAGAAGGGUGAUGUUGGAGAUGAGGAUGUAGAGAUAGAGGAUGAUGAACCAGCUGCCAAUUUUCCUCCCGUGGAAAUUGAGAAGGAUGAAGGUGCACCGCCCGAAGGUGGCGGGCGGGAUCAGGAUAAUGGUGGUGCUGCUAGUAGUAGUUCUAGUGGUUCUAGCUCCAGCAGUGGUUCCUCCUCUAGUGAUUCUGAUUCAGGAAGUUCAUCCGGAAGUGACUCCGAUGCUGAUGAUGCACACUCUUGAGAUUUGUUGGUUCAAGCAUUGGCCUUUGAUCUUUUGGUCAUCCCCUUGUGAUGCUAUCAAGGUAUAGAGAUGGCAAUUCUGAGUUCUGUUGUUUUGCACAUUCCUGGUGAGCUUGAAGUUGGGAAAAUGUUUGUGCACAGCUGUAAACACAUGGGCAACAUGACCAGCUAGGAUGAAAACUAAAAAGCUCAGGAACAAGCAAUCGGGAGAGGAGGAGGAAGGGGGGACUUAUUUAGUGUUGAUGACAAAAGUUAUGGCGUUUAGGGAUCACAAUUUUAGGAAUUUUAGACACGGUCCCUCUGUUGAUGAGAGUGAGAUAUGUAGAUAGUUGAGAACACCCUUUUGUACAGUUCGUUUUUACACUAAAUAUUUGUUUUUUCUUGAUA